AUGAUGAGCAACAGCGAAGACAAAAUAGUCUUCCUGUCUAAAUUCAGCGUUCUCCUGGUGGUUCACUUAGUCUUUGCACGCGCUCAGUUUCCCAUAGCUUGCCUUAAUGAUAACGACCUCCGUGAACAGAAAUGCUGCCCAGUUGUCACUGUGGGAAACUCCGUCGGAGCGGAAUGUGGUGGACCGGGUCGUGGCGCUUGUAAGCGUAUCGAAAGCUCACACUGUCAUGUUGAAACGCCAGAUGAUCCAGCCCAUGUUCUUGCCUAUCUGAAGAAUCCUGUGUCGGAGCCAUCGCGCUAUCCAUGGCCUAACCGAGUGUUCAAACAAAUCUGUGAGUGUGAGGGAAACUGGGCUGGAUAUGACUGCACCGAGUGUAAGUUCGGUUACGUGAAAACUGCUGAUAAGAGUGUUUGUGUGAAACGCAAAACACCUCUGGUACGCAGAAACUACAUGACACUGGAUGAUGAUGAGCGUGAUUAUGUCAAACAAACCAUUGCGGAUAUGAAUGAUAGAAGCAAAAGUCCAAGUCGCUAUGGUGUCCUCAUCUCAGAGGAGAAUUUUAGCAAAUCAAGCCACUUGCAAUCCAAUUUAACAGCAGAGGACUUCAAGUUUGGAAUAUCAGCCUAUGAGUUUCUGACCUGGAUUCACUAUUACACUGCUAAAGAUUCGGGAGUUCCUAGUGGUAAUUAUAAAGGUCAUGAUUACGGCCCCCGAGUGGACUUCGCACACAAUGGCCCUAGUUUACUCACAUGGCACCGAUAUUUUAUGCUGUUGUUCGAAUCAGAACUUCAACGAGUAUCUGGAAACGACUCAUUUGCGGCUCCCUAUUGGGAUUGGAUGGAUCGGCAGAAUCGUGACCAUCUAUUCACUCAUUCUGACAUCUUUGACGGCAAUGAAACCUCACUUGUGGGUGUAUUCCGUGAUUUUAGAGUCAUCUGUUGUGAAGCGGGCUUUGCUAUCCCGCUUACUGAGCCCAACAUCAUGCGAAGAUCACCAAAACGCGGACCGGGAAGCCUAUGCAAUGCUUCGCAGUUUGAUGUAGGGAUACCACUUGUUCGCAGAGACUAUGGACACCAGUAUAACAUUGUCAAGUGGCUGCCAAGUGCUCGUGAUGCCUGGGAUUUACUUGUAAAUAUUACUCACUAUGAUGUUGCAAGUUUCAAUCUAUUUGAGCAUUCUCCAUCUAGCCUUCGCGCUGGGUUGGAAGGAAGUGUUCCUCUCCCUGGGAAGCACUACUGCAGUGUUGGAGGUCUAUCAAACGAGAGCUUCGCCGAAGAGAUGCAUAAUGCUGUGCAUAUCUAUGCAGGCGGUGUGUUUACAAAUGUAGCCAUGUCACCUAGUGAUCCUAUCUUCUACCUCCAUCACUCCAUGGUGGAUCGUGUGUUUGAGCGCUUCAUGAUCAAGCUGCAACAACUCGGUACGCUACGUUAUCUCCCAGAGUCGGGCGUAGACCCAGGACACAAUGCAAAUGAUUGCAUUGUUCCCUCAUUCCCUCUCUAUCGGAACAGGGAGUUUCUGCAGCGGAGUACUGACUUUGGCUACGUGUACGACACAUUACCAUUGCUGGACACUGAGCCUGAACGACCCGCCGAGGAAUACGAUCAAUGCAAUAACUCGAACGCAUCGACAAAUAUGCCAAGGCCACCUCUUACACCAUCAUCAUAUCAGCCUUCUUCUGUCGGAAAAUCAGCAUAUGGACGUCUGCUUGGAAUGGUUUCAGCAUUAGUGUCGCAACUUUACGACUUGCUCUAGUAUCAGCUCAUUAACUUUAUCGGCUCUGAAGUUUUGUGUUUGGGGUUUAUUCUUUAUUCUUGAAACAGUUCAAGUAUGCUUUUAUUCUUCACAGUCUCGGAAAUUUCUAGGUUUGACUGUCUGUCAAUUUCCUGAAGAACCAGUUACGUACCGGUACCGCGGUACAGUAACUAUAUCUGUGGGAGACAUGGAACUUACUUGGAAGUAAUAGGAGAGUGGGUAUUAUUGGCUAUUGCAUCAGUCAUUCUGCUCCUUUCUCGCGCUGACAAAUAAUUGACUAGAUAGUGGACAUGAACCGAAUACGCUGGAAGACAACGCAAUACGCAAGUUA